AUGGCUGCGAGUAACACAGGUGACGAAGAUUUCGAUCGGAAGCUUACCUAUUGUGAUCGAGAAUAUCAAGAGCACUCGCUGCGUUAUGAGAUCUACCAGGUCCCGAUCGAUUCUGAAGAAGAAACCAGGCUGCUCGAGCAGCAUGAGAUGCUCAAGUUGAUCUACAGCGAUUGGAACAACGGGCUGUAUGCGCCAAUCGUCGGAGACCCCGAAGUAAUCCUUGACUGUGGGUUUGGGACCGGUACUUGGGCGUACGACAUGGCAGAGUAUGAUCCGAACUGCAUGAUCGCUGAUCUAAACCACCGUUUAGACUGCGCCGAAGCAGAGACCUUUGACCUGAUACAUUCCCGCUUCGUUUCCAGUGGGAUUUCUGCAACACGCUGGCCCAACUACUUCCGCGACAUGCAUCGCCUUCUCAAGAGAGGUGGUUGGGUGCAGAUAACUGAAUGGGACCUUUUCUUCCGUUCGGACUCUGGCAAUAGCGAUGCCUUGCAAGCCCUUAAUGAAUGGACUAGGCUUUAUACUCAAGCCUUGGGCUCAUCGGCACGUCCGGAAGGCAGGAAGAGAUCUCGUGUUGUUCAGGACUGUGAAGCCUGGAUGCGCAUGGCUGGUUUUGUCAACGUUAGCACCGACGUUCGGGAUGUUCCCACGUGUGCAUGGCCACAGGGUGCGCACUCUUCCUCGAAGUCUUUUUGCUUUCAUCCAACUGAUAAAGAACUUGGCACAACAGACGCACACAAUCGAAGCAUAGGCGAAGCCAACCUGACCAACAUGAAAGGGCUAAUACAUUCGCUGGCCUUGUAUCCUGUCACGAGUCGUCAGAUUCGUGAAAUUGAAGGUUUCCACGAGCUGAUCGAAGCAGCAUAUGCCGAAUUGAGCGAUGUUGGAGCGAAACCAUACAUUAGACUUCACACAACCUUUGGAAGGAAACGGUGA